AAUUAAGCAGGGGGGAAGAGAAGCAGCCAUGUUCCCGUCCCAGGACAGGGGACUACAGCUCCCAGCCUGCCUCAGGACGCGGCCGGCGGCUCCGUCACCCUGCGUGGGGCCGUGGUGGCGGCGCUGAUGGCGGCCGUGCCGCCGGUGGCCUACAUCUACAGCCCCGAGUACACGGCCCGCUGCGAUGCCCUCUGCAAGGCGCCCCGCCGGGCCAGCAUGGUGCACUCGCUGAUCGAGGCGUACUCGCUGCUGGAGCACAUGAUGAUAGUCAAGCCGAAGGUGGCUACCAUGGAGGAGAUGGCGAGCUUCCACACGGACGCUUACCUGCAGCACCUGCAGAAGGUCAGCGAGGAGGGGGAUGACGACCAUCCGGAGUCCGUGGAGUAUGGACUGGGUUACGACUGUCCGGCUACCGAGGGCAUCUUUGACUACGCGGCAGCCGUGGGGGGAGCCACCAUCACCGCGGCCCAGUGCCUGCUGGACGGCAAGUGCAAGGUAGCGAUUAACUGGCCUGGAGGGUGGCAUCACGCCAAGAAAGAUGAAGCCUCAGGCUUUUGUUACCUGAACGACGCCGUCUUGGGGAUCCUGCGGCUGCGCCAGAAAUUUGACCGAGUCCUUUAUAUUGACUUGGAUUUGCAUCACGGGGAUGGGGUUGAAGAUGCCUUUAGCUUCACCUCAAAAGUUAUGACCGUUUCUCUGCACAAGUUUUCGCCAGGAUUUUUCCCAGGCACAGGCGAUGUGACGGAUGUCGGCCUGGGGAAAGGUCGCUAUUACAGCGUGAACGUGCCUAUUCAAGAUGGCAUUCAGGACGAGAAGUAUUACCAGAUCUGUGAAACCGUGCUGAAGGAGGUGUACGCCGCCUUCAACCCGGAGGCGGUGGUGCUGCAGCUGGGAGCUGACACCAUCGCCGGGGACCCCAUGUGCUCCUUCAACAUGACCCCCGAGGGAGUGGGCAAGUGCCUGAAGUACGUCCUGCAGUGGCAGCUGGCGACCCUGGUGCUGGGAGGAGGAGGCUACAACCUUGCCAACACGGCCCGCUGCUGGACAUACUUGACUGGGGUUAUCCUUGGGAGAACACUGUCCUCGGAGAUCCCUGAUCAUGAGUUCUUCACGGAGUAUGGACCUGACUACGUGCUGGAGAUCACGCCCAGCUGCAGGCCAGACCGCAACGAGCCACAGAGAAUUCAAGAAAUUCUCAACUUGAUCAAAGGGAAUCUGAAGCACGUGGUGUAGGAAGGCGCAGGUUUCCCCCAGAGCAUUUCCCCACGGGAGGGGACACGUUUACGGCAGCGGCUGCAGAGGGGGUUUGGAAGAAACUACUGUUGGUUCGUUGGUGGAUCCGUUUCUCGUUUUCAAAAAAAAAAAAAGAAAAGCCUGCUGUGUACCAGGGCUCGCCGUGGGCAGGAGCAGGAGCCCUCUGGCCCCAGGUUCCCCGUGCCAGCAGAGCCUUCCUUGCUCCUUUCUCUUCCCUUUUUUAACACGUCAGAGUUUAUUCUCACUACUGGUUCUAAUGUUUUUUAAAAGAGGGGCCACUGCAAGUUGUGUUUUUAACUGGUGGGCAUUUUUUUCCCCCCAAAUAAAGUGUUUGAAAUACUCCA